AUCACUUAUAAGAAAAUGAGGCUAGCUACAGUCAAGUGUUAUGUACUGAAUUGGCAGGACAACCUUCAGCGUUAGAUACGUACUUUGAAUUAGUUAAACUCCUCAGCUAUCUCGUCCCGUGUGGGAACAGGAACAAGUCUGAUAUAAUAUAUACAGUGAAACAGCCAAGGCAUUCUAUCACAGAUUGGACUCAGAGACUAGGUAUAUGCAGUUGUUAUAAUUACGAGAUGUUGACAGUAGAGUGGAGAUGAAAGUAUAAGUGAGCCUCAAACUCAUGACCUGAUUGAAAGCAGCCAAAGGUGAACUUUAAAUUAAAGUGUAAAAUUUAGGUUGGGAUUUUCAGAAGAGAGUUAGCCCCCUAAAUCCCAUUGCAAGACAAUGAAAAUUAGGCAACAAAAUCUCACCAAAAUCCCAGCUUCCAUCUUCAAAAGGAUCAUUUGUCACAUCAGAUCUUGCUAUCCCUGCCCAGUGAAGUGGCAGGUGUUUUGGUUACAAACAACAGUUUAACGAUUUGAUUAAUGUUCAAAGGUUUACAUUGAUAUGGUGUCAGGUCACUUCUACAACUAAAUAUAACCUGCCUUCCCCGUAGACUUUUGUUGUCGUUAGUGAUGAAGAAAAUUAAUUUCACUUUAAUUUUCAGAGCCCACAAUGUAUCUGUCAAGUAUUCACCUUUUAAUUCCACCCUCUCCCCCCGAAAAAAGGCAUAAAAGGAAAUAAACGGAAGAUCACAAUAGUGAAGCAAAGAAGCUGUUUUAUGUAUGAGGAAAAAAUGUAAUGCACACAACCAGCCACAUGAUGUCGCACUCCACCUACGAAGAAAUUGUAAGGCAAAAAAUCAAAACCGCUCCUCUUUUUAUUGAAUACGCAGUCAAUCAGGGGUUCAAGAGGACGGCAAACAUCGUGGCAUUGGAAUUAGAAUACCAAUUUCCAGAGGCUUACACAUUUUGUAUGAAUUGGCUGUAUAUUCGAAGAAAUCGGCGUCCGCGAUGGCAGUUUUCCGGCGAGACUCCCUGGUAACCAGGCAGCUGCUGCGGUUGGUUCUGUUACACACGGCCUGGGAGGUGGGCAGCGGCCAGGUCCGUUAUUCCGUGCCGGAGGAAUCCAAACACGGCACCUUUGUGGGCCGCCUGGCCCAGGACCUGGGGCUGGAGGUGGCGGAGCUGGUGCCUCGGAUGUUCCGGAUGGUCUCCAACGGCAGGAGAGACUAUUUUGAGGUAAAUUUGCAGAACGGCGUUUUGUUUGUUAAUUCGCGAGUAGACAGGGAAGAGCUGUGCGGCCAGAGCCCCCUGUGCGCCAUUGACCUGGAGGUGAUAGUGGACAAACCCCUCAGGAUAUUUCAUGUAGAAGUCGAGAUACAGGAUAUAAACGACAAUGCUCCUGUUUUCUCAAUAAAUGAAUUAAAUCUGUUCAUAUCAGAAUCGAGACUGCCGGGUUCGCGUUUCCCACUAGAGGGCGCUUCUGACGCAGACAUUGGUACAAACUCUCUGCUAACCUAUAAACUCAGCUCUAAUAAAUAUUUUACUUUAGAUGUACAAGUGAGAAAUGACCAUAAUAAAUUAGCAGCGCUUGGGUUAAAGAAAGCUCUGGAUAGAGAGGAAACCACUGAGCAUAUUUUAUUACUCACCGCCACUGAUGGGGGCAAACCGGAGCUCACGGGCACAGUUCAGCUGGUGAUCACUGUGCUGGAUGCCAAUGAUAACGCGCCUGUAUUUAAUCAGUCAGUUUAUGAAGUAACUGUGUUAGAAAAUACAGCUAAAGGGACAUUAGUAAUCAAACUUAACGCCACCGAUUUGGAUGAAGGGACUAACAAGAAUAUUUCGUAUUCGUUUGGUAAUUUUGUGCCUCCCAUUGUAAGAGCGGCGUUUAACCUAAAUUCAGAUACCGGUGAAAUCAGGGUGAAAGGAGACCUGGAUUACGAGCACGUUGAGUUAUAUGAAAUUCGAGUUGAAGCUCAAGAUAAAGGUCACCAGCCAAUGACGGGACAGUGCAGUGUUUUACUACAUGUUUUGGACGUGAACGAUAACGCCCCUGAGCUGGCCGUGACUUCCCUUUCUCUGCCGGUUCCGGAGGACGCUGCCCCAGGGACAGUGGUGGCUCUUAUUAGCGUCUCUGACCGGGACUCGGGAGACAACGGCAAAGUCACCUGCUCCAUCCCCCCGAACCUGCCCUUUCAGCUCGUCUCCACCUUUAAGAAUUAUCACUCGCUGGUGCUGGCGGAGGCCGUGGAUCGGGAGCGAGUGUCUGAAUAUAAGAUCCUGGUGACAGCCAGAGACGAAGGGACCCCGCCUCUCUCGGCCAGUAGCAGCAUUUUGGUGCCGAUCGCGGAUGUGAACGAUAACGCCCCUGAGCUGGCCGUGACUUCCCUUUCUCUGCCGGUUAUUGAUUUUAUUAAAGGAUAA